CCGAAGUCUCGUGGCCGCCUAAGCGCUGCAGAGAAUGCGCUUUAAACACACACAGGGGCGCACGGUGCCGCAGCAGCCCCGUCAGUGGAGACGCGCUGAGAAACGCGCCCGAUGGGUUUUCUCUUUGGCUGGAUGUAUAACAAGCUGUGGACAGAUGCUCAGGAGGAGCUGGACAGCCUGCUGGAACAGGAGCUCCACGUCCAGACGCUCCAUCCAGAGAAGGACCGGGUGGUGUUCUUCCAGCGCUUGGCCACGCUCUAUGUGCGCUACAUCCAAAUCCUUAGGUGGCUGGAGGAGGCCUACGACCAGCUGGUCCACCCACAGAAGAGGCGCCUGGUUCGGGAGGUCCUGGACGGCGUGAUGGGUCGAAUAGUGGAGCUGAAGAAUGAGAUGGUGGAGGUUGAGUUCUCUGAGUACCACUACAUGAAUGAUGUUCUCCAGGACCUCAAGCUCACACCGGAGGACAUUAAGAUCCCCAUUCCUCGUUAUUUCAUCAGUGAACGCAGCAAAGAACUCCAGGAGCGAAACAUGAUGCUUACCGAUGUCCUCGACAGGAUGGAGGUUACCGAGAAACCCAGGCCUGCAGCAGCACGGGAGCUGUUGCCAGAGGAGGCUGCAAGCAUCAUCCAGGUGGCGGAGAGAGCCCGGCAGGGCCGCCUGAGGGCAAAUUUGAUGAAGGAGAUCCGAAGAGACAGCAACAGGCAGAGGAGAGCCAAGAACCAAGAUCCGAGUUCAGCUGACAUCGAAGCGGCGGCGGUUGACAUUCAGAGGGUGUGGAGGGGUUACAUACAGAGGAAGAGGGUGGUACAGGCUCGAGAUGAAGAGCUUGUGUUUCUGGGCAUGACCAUGGAGCCCAGACUCAAGCAGCAGCCAUGUCCAGCAGUAAUAGCUGCCCAGGCCAAUGAAGCCCGCCAGCGGAUCAAACAGGAAGAAAAUGAGAGCGAUUACCAGCGCGCCACAGUGUCCAUUACAAAACAACUGAGGGAUCUGGAGGCGCCGGAGAUCAGGGAUUCAAUGAAAGACCAAAUCCAACAGUGGUUUAUCGAAUGCCGUGAUAAUACAGGUUCUUUCCCCGACUACCCCAGUGAAGAGGACGGAGGCUCGGCACUUAUCUUUAUGGAAAAAACUCCACAACAGUUAAUGGAGGAGAUCACUAGAAAAGAAGAGGAGGAGGCCAACAAGAAGCUCAAAGAGAAGGAGGAGAAGGAGAAGAAAAACAAGGGCAAGGCUGGAGAGGAGCAGGAGGAGGAAGCAGGGUUGAAUAUGCGGCCAUCUGCUUUUCUGUCCGAUUUGGUGGCAGCAAGAAAAACCUUUGUGGACAUUUGGCAGAACCGCAGUGAGUCCAGGAACUUCAGCCAGAGACACGAGUCUGAGCUGAUCAAAGAGGAGAAGAGGAAAGAGAUCGAAGCGGAAGUCAGAUUACAGGUGGAUGAGCUGAUGAGACAAGAGCUGGCUAACUUGAAGCUGACAGCAGACAGAGACAAAGGUGGCAAGGCCAAAGUAAACAUCAAGAAAAAGAAAGGUUCAAAGAAUGCAGAGAAGAAGAAAGACAAAGACCUGACAGCUGACAGGAGCCUUGAGUCUCUGCAUCAGGAGCUGGUGGAGGAAGGCUUGUUGAGAAAGGCAGAUAAUGUUAAAAUGCAGGAUUAUUUAGGUGACUACAGCUACCUUGCGACCACACUGAGGCAAAACGACAUUGAGCCGAUGCCGUCGCUGUGUGAUGUGCGACAGGUCUUAACUCUGUAUGCCAUCUUACCUUUGGGCUCCCGGGUGGUCCACAAAAAGGCCCCCCUCAUCAAGGCUAUCCUUCUGGUUGGGCCUGCUGGCAUUGGGAAGAAGAUGUUGGUCCACGCCAUCUGCCAGGAGACCGGUGCCACGCUAUUCGAUCUGUCUCCAGUGAAUACAGCGGGGAAGUACCCAGGCAAGGGCGGCCUUGCCAUGAUGCUUCACAUGGUGUUCAAGGUCGCUAGACUGAUGCAGCCUUCAGUGAUUUGGAUUGGGGACACGGAGAAAAUGUUCUACAAGAAAGUUCCCAAAGAGGAAAAAGAGUUAGAUCCCCAACGGCUGAAGAGAGACUUGACCAAGAUGCUCGAAAUGAUCAAAGGGGAAGAACGUGUUCUCGUUGUGGGGACAACCAAGGAUCCACUAAAUGCAGAUAUGAAGUCUCUGUGUGACAUGUACAAAAAAAUCAUCCUAAUCCCACGGCCUGACUAUGGAUCAAGAUACGUCAUAUGGAAGCAGCUGAUCAGGAAGAACGGGGGUGAGGUGACCAGCGCCCUGGAUCUCAGCUCACUGGCCAAGAUCUCUGACGGCUACACACAGGGUCAUAUGGUGCAGGUGAUCGGCGGUGUGCUGACUGAGCGCCGCAUUUCCCAACAAGCCGUGAGACCCCUAACUGCCGCUGAGUUUGCGCCCCUCCUGGCCAAGAUUGACCCCGUGUUGCUAUAUGAAGAGGAGGCCCUUAAAAACUGGUAUGCAAAGACUCCUUUGGGAAAGAAGCGUGUGAAGGCUGCGACAGGAAAGGAAGAAGAGGAGGCUCCGGUGAAAGGAAAAGGUGCCAAGAAGAAAAGGAAAAAAUGAGUCUGUCAUUCUGUUUUACUGAAUGAAAGUCAAACAUUCAGAUCCACUUUUAUGUUUUUUUGUAGUGAAUUCUGUUGAGGCGUAUGAGAUUUUAAAUAAAACACAAAUUUGCUAAAUUUCUAUAAUUAUCUCACCUGCUUUUAUCGAGGAAUAGACCUCCAAAGUAUUGUCGUCAUUUCAGGGCUUUCAGACUACAUCUGGAUCCAUUCAUUUAUCGCCUCAGGUGAAAGGGUUUUAUAAUUUUGUUCGCCAAUCAUUCUGCUUUCAAAAUAA